AUGGCCACAGAGAGUGAGCGCGUAGGCGCUGCGCCCCUCGCAUUGGAGGAGACGACCCCUAUACCCAAAGCGACCGAGGGAGACGACUCCAUGCGUCUGUACUUUGAAGCGAGUUCCGAUGAUAGCCAGCGUGAUAUGUAUGAAGGACGCGACGAAGAAACCAUGGAGCGCCUCGAGGAGGAAAUACAGCAUUUGCACGAUACCGUGGACGGGCUGGAGAACUACCAAAUCGUGGACAAGUUGGGCGAGGGUACAUUCUCCACCGUGUACAAGGCCAUUGAUGUUCAUCAUGACAUGUAUAGCAAUGCGCCUUGGUUCAAAAGCAAUACCGUGAAAAUCAUGCCGCGUGUAUCUAAAAGCACAACGGUGUACGUUGCCUUGAAACGCAUCUAUGUCACGUCCAGCACGGCGCGUAUCCUCAAUGAGCUCGAAAUUAUGGAGUCACUACGUGGUCAGCCGUACAUCUCGUACCUCAUUACGGCGUUUCGUUCUGCGGACCAAGUGAUUGCUGUCAUGCCAUACAGUCGGCAUACCGAGUUUCGUGACUACUACAGGAUUAUGCCCCUUUCGGACUUGCCCUAUUACUUUUACUGCCUGUUUUCUGCGCUAAGUGCCAUGCAUGAGCAAGGGAUUAUGCAUCGCGAUGUCAAGCCUGCCAACUUUCUGUACGAUCCACGCACAGGCUACGGAACGUUGUGUGACUUUGGGCUGGCCGAGCGGCUCGAGGCCAGUGAAUGGCUUGGGAAAUGCCACCAUACCUGUCCGACGCCUGAUCAUCUUCACGGUAAGCAAUCGGUCAAUCAGUCGACGCAUAGCACCCAUCUACUCCCAGGAGGUGCGCUCUCACGUACCGAGGAUGCGAAAACUCAUACCACAUACGUGGCGCGAAACGCCCUCAUGGGCCCACCGGACCGUGUCGGCUACUUACGCAACGAUCCACGGCCUAGUGUUCGUGCGAAUCGAGCUGGCACACGUGGGUUUCGUGCCCCAGAAGUCUUGUUCAAAUGCCCUGACCAGACACCAGCGAUUGAUAUCUGGUCAGCAGGGAUCAUUCUUCUCUCGAUCCUUCUUCGGCGCUUUCCCCUGUUUAACGCGAACGACGAUACGGAGGCUUUGUUGGAACUUGCUACCAUCUUUGGCCAGCGGCGAAUGGAGCAGUGUGCCAUGUUGCACAACCGUACGUUCUCCUGCAAUUUGCCAACAGUGGACCAUGCAGGCCGCCGCGUCCCUGAUUUGAUCCAACAUAUUCGCCCUGAGCUCUUCGAACCACCGGCCGAUCAUCCCGAUCCGACGGACUACCGACAGCAAGUGCAGCAAGUGGUCCAUCUGGCGAGUGUAUGUCUCUAUUUGGACUGCACACGGCGAUGGACAGCCCAGCGCCUCUUAAAGCAUGCGUUCUUUAACGAACUAACGAACGACUAA